UUAUUUUAGAAAAUUUCUUAAGUGAUGCACGUUUAAUAUAACGAUUUUUUUAUUCCUUUUCUAUUUAAUGAUUAUUUUAAAAGGCUAAAUUUUUAACGAUCUAGAUUUUAGGCUCGAAAUUUUACGUGUAUCAAAAAUGCGGGAAAUCGUCCACAUCCAAGCCGGGCAGUGUGGAAACCAGAUUGGAGCUAAGUUCUGGGAGGUUAUCUCGGAUGAACAUGGAAUCGACCCAACCGGAGCUUACCAAGGCGACUCCGAUCUACAGCUCGAGCGAAUCAACGUGUACUAUAAUGAAGCCUCAGGUGGCAAAUACGUGCCGCGGGCUGUGCUCGUCGAUCUCGAACCCGGGACCAUGGAUUCCGUCCGUUCCGGACCCUUCGGGCAAAUCUUCCGCCCAGACAACUUCGUGUUUGGACAGUCUGGCGCAGGCAAUAAUUGGGCCAAGGGACACUACACAGAAGGAGCAGAACUAGUCGACUCUGUACUGGAUGUGGUACGGAAAGAAGCGGAAGGGUGUGAUUGCUUACAAGGAUUUCAAUUAACUCAUUCAUUAGGUGGUGGCACUGGGUCUGGUAUGGGAACAUUACUAAUAUCUAAGAUACGAGAAGAGUACCCUGAUAGAAUAAUGAAUACUUUUUCGGUGGUUCCGAGUCCGAAAGUAUCUGAUACCGUUGUUGAACCAUACAAUGCCACGCUAUCUGUACAUCAGCUAGUAGAAAACACAGAUGAAACUUUCUGCAUUGACAAUGAAGCGUUGUACGAUAUUUGCUUCCGAACACUUAAGCUAACGACGCCAACAUAUGGCGACCUUAACCAUUUGGUUUCAGCGACGAUGUCUGGAGUGACUACGUGCUUAAGAUUUCCUGGUCAGUUAAAUGCAGAUUUAAGAAAGCUGGCAGUUAAUAUGGUACCGUUUCCAAGAUUGCACUUCUUUAUGCCAGGCUUUGCGCCGUUAACGUCUCGUGGUAGCCAGCAGUAUAGGGCUUUGUCUGUGCCAGAAUUGACCCAGCAAAUGUUUGACGCUAAAAAUAUGAUGGCCGCUUGUGACCCAAGACACGGUCGGUAUCUCACCGUCGCAGCUAUCUUCCGCGGACGGAUGUCUAUGAAGGAAGUGGACGAACAAAUGCUAAAUAUCCAAAAUAAAAACAGCAGCUACUUUGUUGAAUGGAUCCCAAAUAAUGUCAAGACGGCCGUGUGUGAUAUACCACCUCGAGGAUUAAAGAUGUCUGCUACAUUUAUAGGAAACACGACAGCAAUUCAAGAGUUGUUUAAAAGAAUAUCGGAGCAAUUUACAGCAAUGUUUAGAAGAAAAGCUUUCUUACAUUGGUACACUGGUGAAGGAAUGGAUGAAAUGGAGUUUACAGAAGCAGAAAGUAACAUGAAUGAUUUGGUUUCUGAAUAUCAGCAGUACCAGGACGCCACGGCUGACGACGAAGGAGAGUUUGACGAAGAAGUUGAAGAAUAGCUGCUGUAUUGUCCAUUGUUUGUGCAUGUCUUUGGUGUAUACUGUCAUAAGUGUAAUAUUGAAUGUAAUCAAAUAAAUAUUUAAAAAUA